AUGCUGACCGAUUUGGACUGGCUGGGGCCGAACAUGAACGAUAAGAAGUAUGAUGAUCCAGAGGUGCCCGCGGAGAAGGGUUACGUGUGGUUCACCGUGGAGGAAACCAUCACUUCGCCAACCACUUCGCCCUAUGCUAUCGGAAAAGCAGUGAAAAUCAAGUUGUUGGACGAAGGCAUUGUUCCGGCAUGGCUGGAUUUGCACUACUUGCAGGUCUUCGCAGGUGGAGUUCCACUUGGCUACAUGAGUGAAGCUCACGUAGAUCUUGAGGCGGAGGGUGCAGAGGAGACACUGCAGUGCUCCCAUCUUCCAGGCAAACUAGGCAUAGAAUUGGUAUUGGUGGUAUAA